GCAUUUUUUGUGUGCGUGUUUCAGAAGGUGGAUGAGAAGCAAGAUGUUUGGCAUUUCCUCCCAAUAGAAUGACGACCCUCCGAUGGAUCUGUAAGGAAGCAUCCCAGAGGUAGCUGGGAUAAAUCCUGGGUUGGUCCAGUGAAGCGUCUUCCAGCAAGAGAGCAGGUCAGCUGCAGAGGUCUUGGUCACAUUUGGAUGCCUCUACGUCAGAUGUGUGACAAUGAGUGAACCACCGCGUGACAACAUUGAUGCUGAGGUUCUGUGCACUGGCAUGUGCCUCCCUCUGCGCUCUGGGGACCAGAAUGGCAACGCGUUCCCUUGCAGGUCCUCCUUGGACUCCACGAGGAGCAUCAGCAGCCUGAGCGACAGCUGCUCCCCGAGUCCACAGGAUGUGGAGAUGUUGGAGUACAGGCUUGGACAGGGGGACCCCUUCUCCAAGCAGUGCUCCAGUGCUCCGCUACCGCAGAAGCCAGGUGGCUGCCAUAGUGUGGGGACGGGAACGGCUGCCUUGGACCCCGGUGACAAACUCGCUGGACUUUCUCGAAGUGCUGAAACGAGCUGGAACAAGAACAUGACUUUUGUGGUGAUCGAUUCGCAGGCGUACAGAAGCGAUGGUUGCAGCGAGGACAGCUCAGACCUUUCGCCGGACCUGGCCCUUAAUGAGGAAGCCAGGCAGUGGGCCAGUCAGGAUGACCGGAGCAUCUCGGACUCCAGAGGCGAUUCGGCAGCAUCUGUGAGUUCCAGCAGCAUGGUGAUGAGAAGCAGCCUCGGCCAGAGUGACUCCGACAAGCCGCUCAGCGCCUCCGUUUUGGGGCAGUCGUCAGACUCCUCCUCCGACCUCCCCGAGGCGGUCAUGGUCUCUGGAGCCCUGCCUGAUGUCUGCGAGGGCCUCAUGGAUAAAACACAAACCUUCCCACCCCAGAAGGACUUGGCUAGUCAGAAUCUUGAGGAAAAACUUGAUAGCCUAAGGGAUGGAGACGCAGUGUUUCCUGCAGAGGACCGAUCAAUGGAGCUACCCUGCGAGAGAGAAGAGCACAGAGACAGUGCGGAUGGGGUCAAUGAAGGACAGCGCUCUCCUGCUGACGAAAGAGGGACCCUUUCGGAAAAGACCUUUGUGGUAAUUGGGUCGGAAGACUCGGACGCUGGAUGCAAUGCCCAGACUUCCACCCCUGUGCAGGGCUCUGAAAAUCAGACGUUCAUCCUCACCUCGUUUUCAGAAUCGCCCUUCCAGAUGAGAAGGGCCAACGUAGAGAGUCCAGCGGUGGGUGGAAGGGGUUGGCAGCGAGGCACAACCCCUGCAAAGCCCACUGUUGGUUCCAAGGCACCUGUGCCCAUGCCUCGCAAGGCCACCAAAGCUGAAGUGAAAUGUUUUCCCAAGCAGCCGGACCUGAAGAUCAUGAAGCCCAGAGCUGUGCAGAGACCACCGCCCCCUCUGAAGUUGGCCACGCCAACAACGAGCUCCUCACGGCGGACGAGUUCUCCUGCAGGUUCACUCGGCAGCCAUGAGAAGACCCCUGUUGCCCAGAAGGCAGGACAGAAGAGACCGGCAGGACCAGACGACGGCAACAGGCGCAGAUCAUCCUCGAGUGUCAGCAAAGUGUUCUCGGGCAAGUUAGGCGGCAUGGCGGACGGAGCUCCUGCUCUGAAGACCAAGAGGGAGGCAGCUGCCACCGAGACCUAUCCAAACCCCUGCGGCUCAGUGGCCUCCGACAUGAUGGUCAGUAGCAGACAGCUGUUGACCAAAGCCAACAGCGAGAGCAGGAGGAAUGGAGAUGAGGGAGAUGGGCUGGGAGCCAAAGGCUGCUCUGCGGGGAAGGUUUCGGAGACGCCGCGAGUGGUCAGUAGCAGCACUUUGGCAACACCGUCUAAGCAACCGGUGUCAAGCGAGGGAGGUGGGAGUCGUUUUGGUGUGAGACCAUCCCCCGGCAAGGUGAAGUCUCCAAGCCCAGCUCUCGCCAGGGGUGCGGCUUCAGCCAGCGGGGGCAAGAUGGUCCCAGGUACAGGCACUUCAAAAACGCGUCUGACGGAGCGGCCAAACGUCGCCAUGGUGCCCAAGCUGCCCUUGAACCCGAGCCUUAGGCCGCCCCGCCCCUUGUCCAAACUGCCUGUGAAAGGACCCCCCAAGAGCCCCAGCUCCUCAUCCUUGGCCAGCAGCCACAGCGCCCAGCAGAGCGGAGCCCUGCCCCCUUCCCCAGAGCUCAGCCCACCGCUACCUGUCCUUCCUGCUGACAGCUCCUACAUUUGCUCUCUGCCUGCUUGGCCGCAUUUACCUGGACGUCGCAGCAGAAGUGUUUCCUACGUGAAACGGUGUUUGGUGGUUGCGUGAAAGUCGGCUGCAGCAGGAACCUCGAGGGUCUUGGGUGUAACUUUCUCUUUUGGUGUUUGCCCACAGGAACCAUUUCUCUGCUGCUGCAUGUCUCUCGCCGUUUCUCGGUGUUUGGGGUCCUGCUCUGACUCAUAGGUGUUGGAUGCAUGUUGCCAUGGUGACGGCUGGGCAUCGGGGAGAUGGCCGUUUUGGGAACGCGGCUCGUGUGCAACAGUGGGCGUUGGAUGGCAUGUUGGGAAAUGGGUGUCCCUGAAGCAGAAGCUCACUGCUCCAUUGGCUGGUUGAGGACGUGUCCUUGUGAAAUAUGUCCUGUGACCUGCGAGUCUCUGAAGGGCUGUGAUUGGGGGUGUUGGGGGGGUGAGACUGUCCCAGUUCUCAUAAAUCUUCUUCACAUAUGAGUUUCUUAUAAGUGGGACCUGGAGGCACUUUACGGUUAAACGCUGUACUUCCCAGUGACGUGUAC